ACCAAUCCGUGUCCGAUUUUUCAUCCACAACAUCCCGGUAACUCUUGAUAAGAGCAUCUUGAUUUUUCCUCAUAUCAAGCGCCAUCCUGCUUUCUGCAUGUGCUUGUGUACUACGUCACCAAUUCAUGCGUAGUGUCACGGUUUGCACUCACCCUCGGGCAUAAUAUACACUGCGAUCUCUUCAGAAGGGAAAGUCUUGCAUACUGGUAUGACCAUCGGGCAUUCUCUGGUCAAGAACAAGACACGCUUGACCGACUGCGGCUAAGCCUGAUAUGCAUACAACCCAAGCUGACAUUGAAAAUCCCUGUCCUGACAUUGCCACCUAUAGUGAUGGUAAACAAGGCGCCGAGCGACAUCAGCACCGGGAGCAGUCAGUACGAGUACAUCAAGUGUGUAGUCGUCGGCGACUCGGGCGUGGGCAAGACAUGCUUGGUGCGGGCCUGGGCCUGCGACACUAAGUACAGAUUAGAACAGCUGGUCAAGACCCAUGUAUCAACGGUUUGGGCUACUGACCACUACAGGAAUGACAAGGAGGUUCUUGAUAGAUCCUGGUGCCAUGUAGAUGAUUGCCGAGUCUCCCUACGAUUAUGGGAUACCUUUGGUUACCAUGACAAAGACAGAGGAUUUGCCUACAAAGGGGCUGAUGUUGUGCUCCUGGUAUUCAGUGUUGUAAAGCCAAAUUCUCUACGCAAUAUUCUUUCAAAAUGGCAGACAGAAAUAAAGAAUGAAUGUUCCACGACCCCCGUUGUCGUUGCUGGGACUCAUGCAGACAUGCGCUUCCUGUACAAGGACCAGCAUUACCGGGGCAUGGAGAAGGGUUUGUUGUACAAGGCGAUAGAUAAAGGUGACAUCAUUACGCCCGACCAAGGACGUGAGGUGGCACGGAUGAUUGGUGCUCCGUACUACGAGACCAGCAUCCUUUUCAACUACGGCAUCGAGGAUGUCUUCUUCAAUGUAGUGAGAGCAGCCAUGGUCGAGAGACGUAAAAUAAAAUUUUGGAACACACAGCUACGACGUAUACAGUAUCCUCUGAUCCAAUCACCACUGCAGGUUCCUCAGUCUUCAUUUCCAACAGUCACCGUGGCAGCAUCAACUUUUGACCUUAACCUUGCACAGUUGUUUAAAGAUCAAAAUGAUGGUGAUAUCAUCUUUAAUGUCCGGGGCGUACGUAUCCGCGCACACAAGAUCUGUUUGGUUAUUGCUUCUGAACUUUUCCGUGAAAUUCUCUUGAUGGACAUAAAGGAGCAAGAAGGCGGUAGUGUUCCUCAGACUAAUGGAAGGACGGAGAAAAGAACUAACAAAGAGGACGAACAGGUGCUUUUGGAUAAUGAGGAUAUUCUAGAAGAAUCUCCCAUCAUUGAUGCAAAUUCUAAUUGUUCGGAUGACCGUAUGGUACGGCAUGGCAGACGAGACAUUAUCAGCACAAGAUAUUUGAACCAUGCAGCAUUUGAAAAAGUUGAAACAGUACGUAGCAAGAACUCAACAGGUGAAGGUGUUCAGCAGACAGUCGUCACGGUUACGCAGGAAAUCACGCCCCAGGCAUUACAGUGCGUCCUGGAGUACUUGUAUACUGGUCGGGUGCGAGAGGAAUACAGUCAGUUGUUGGAGGUACAACAAGCUGCCGAGCUUCUCAAGUUGUUCCCUAUGCUGGUGGCUCUGUCUAACUUACAAACCCAGGAGACUUACCUCAACCUGGGUCUGGAGAAACGAUUCCACACCGACAGAGUGGAUAAGCUUCAGGAGUUGAUUUUUGAACAGGGGCUCCUAAAGGACAUCCAUUUUGAGGUAGACGAUGGAGUGGUAGGUGCCCAUAAGCCCCUGCUCAUCGCGCGCUGUGAGAUGAUGUGUGCCAUGUUUACUGACAACUUCCUGGAGGCCUCCGCUCAUGUGAUUCCUUUACCUGAUGUGACCUGUGAGGUAUUUGGUGUCCUACAAGAGUACCUAUACACAGACAAGAUACAGAGUCUGGACUCUGUAGACCAGCUGGCUCUCAUUGCUGUGGCCAACCGCCUCUGUCUACCCCACCUAAUCUCCUUGGUAGAGGACUAUGUUGUGACGGAGCUGAGCCGAGCCGCACGAUGUGACGAGGACAUUUUGGAGGAAGUGCUCAUGUUGAUAGAGCCAUCUCAGUUCCACAAUGCACUCCAGUUAGCUGCCUGGUGUCAGCAUUACGUGUGUAUCCAUUACCGUGAGGCCAGUAAAAGGUUUUGCCGGGAGUUGCGUAGCCUACAGAAGGAGAACUUGGCAUUAAUAGAGGAGAACCAAUGGCCUCCAGUGUGGUAUGUUAAGGAGAAAGAACGAUAUGACCAGCUGAUGGGACAAAAGACUCCCAGUCUUCACAUCCAGCGGAAGGCCCAGUUCUCACGCUGGCAGCAGUGCAAGGGCUCCUGUUUCUGUUUCUGUCGUCGAAGCAGGGUGUUAGUGGAAGAAGAUAAUUAUGACUUCCCAAUGUGAAAACUGCUGAAAGGGGAGAUAAUUCAGGGCUUUCAGUUUACUUUACCCUUAAACCUUAUCACUAGUUAUUAAAAACACUUGUCACCAUCACAAAAUGUUUGAAUACUCAAAUUUAUCCACUUCGAUGAUAUUAUAUUCCGAGGAAAUGCAACGAGCCAAACUGAAACCACUGAAAAGUCGGCACUUCUCCAGGUGAGCUGCCUGCAUCAUUCAAGAGUGUCACUAUCAUCACUUCUUCGUAGUAUGACAAAGCCUGUUCCUCAAAGACAUGCUGUUACCUAAGUGAGUUUGAUUGUCUCGUUGUUAGAAAAUGUCUGUGAUAGUGCUAUAGGUACCCAUCUGUAAUAGAAGUGGUCAAAUACUAAGGGGGUUCAAACCCUGUAAAGACCUAUGUAAUUCCAGACACGGAAAAAAAGUCCAGGUGUUAUAUUUACCUGGUCGAUUAACAGAAGAAAUCUCCAGAAAAUAGAAUUAUAGCGUGAAACCUAAUUCUGCGAUAUUGUUGCGAUGUAUGUUAAAGGAGACGUAUAAAAGCAUGUAAUAUAAAGUCUUUGAUGUGUUUCAUGCUGAAGUUGUGAUAAAACCUGUCUAGAUAUACCAGUAUCGUCGUCAUCAAAAUUGUGACCCUUUUUGUGAUCUAAUCAAUUGUUUGCCUCCCCAUACUUGAUGUCGCCUUUUUUGUAUUACCAUGACAACAGUUAUAUCCUCUUGUCUGUCCCCUGUGAUAUCAUCAACACGCACAAUUUUCAAGAAACAUGUCCCCAAGAUCAUGAAAAUAUUAAGGCUUCAGUCCAAAUUAGGAUGUUGUUUUAUUCUUCAAUUCCUCGUUAAAUUGUCAAGAUAAAUAUUUAUUGCAUUGACGUUUAAAAUUUGAACAUAAAUCUUUGACUGUUUCAUGAUCCUGGGGCGAGGUCUUGUUAACUCACUCACCCCUGAAGACACAUUUGAACUCUUCCAAUUCAAAGGUUGGAAUAGUUCAUCAUGAAACUUCAGGGGUGAAUGAGUUAAUGAUAACUACAAGUAAAUUCACAUCAUAAGUACCAGGUAGAUAUUUUGUUACUAUUAGUUGGAUUAAUGUAAUCAAACUUUCAAUCAUGUUUGGUUCAGUUUUCAUACACGUGAAAAUGUUCACCACAUAAUUUGAUAAAUCACAUGAAGAUAUGUAUGAAUAUAUUUUAAAAUGUUAUUUGAUAAAUCAUGUUAGCUAAUGAAUCAAAGGUGGAUCUAGGCCCAGUGCCCCAUUUAAGAUAUUUUGGUUGUUUUUGGGAAUAUGUGCAUUUCCCUGUUUGAAAAAAUCCUAGAUCUGUGCCUGUGAAUCAUAAAAUAUCUAUAGAGAAUUAAGUCAUGCUUGCACGACAACUACAGUAAACUUCGUUAUACUGCCUACAGUAAACCUUGUUAUACUGCCUACAGUAAACCUUGUUAUACUACCUACAGUAAACUUUGUUAUACUGCCUACAGUAAACCUUGUUAUACUGCCUACAGUAAACCUUGUAAUACUGCCUACAGCAAACCUUGUUAUACUGCCUACAGUAAACCUUGUUAUACUGCCUCCCUUUGUCCAGAGAAAAAGGAACCUUGAAAUAUGUUGGCGAGGUGGCACAUGGAUUAAAGGGCAUUAUAACAAGGUUUUACUGUAGUUUUAACAUGAUAAAUUCUAGAUAUUAUAUUCGUCCUGUAGAAAUAUUUAUCCACUAUAUAUUUAAAAAAAAAAGAACCUGUGUGGACAACAGAUGUCAUAAUGUAUAUAAAUGUUUGUGAUUGCUGGUAGUAUAGCUGGUGUGGUCAUUAUACUCAUCUGUGAUAUUAUGUGUAAAAUAAGGAGUUUUAGAUAGUCGAGUUGUCUCUCAUAUAACCAACUAUUUAUUCAAUGUUGAUUUUAACUCAAGUAUAAAUCAACCUACUUAAGUAAUACUGAUAAAAGACGUUGAACAAUUCCAACCAGAAAAAGCUGUUAAAAUAAAAGCUGUAAGAUUAUUGAUCCUGUAUGCAUUUCAAACUAGCUUUUGUGUGAUAUUGGUUUAUCUCCGUCAGUCUCAAUAUACAAUAAUCUGGGAGAAUUGACUUCGCUGAUCCCAGUGGGUAGUAAUUGAAUGAAGGGGAGAUAAUCCUACAUUCGGCAGUGAUCAGACUGAAAGGUCUAUGAAUGUGUACUGAUAACAAAUGGUCACAGUUAAUUUGUUAUAUUUACCAGUUUUAUUAUAUUCUGUAUACUUGGUCGGUUAGUGUACAUACAUAUAUAUUUUAUCAUUUUUUUUCCUCGGCUGACAUUAGCUUUACAAUAUAUAUAUAGUAUUGUUUUAUUGAUGUUGUUGCCUUACUAAGUUGUUUUCAAGUCUGUGAUCUUGAAAUGUUUUAAAGGAUAUACAUCCAAAGUCAUACACAAAAUGAAUGUAAUUAUUAUUAUUUUGUGGAAACUGUAAAGGCUGUACCAAGUAGCUAAAUAUAUCAAUUAUUUAUGUUUAUGACAGAAAGGUUGAAAAAUAACCUAUACAUUUUUUAUUUUAUUUUUUUAAAUCUUCAUACUGACCUGUCUCAUGACUAUGUUUUGCAGACAAAAGUCUUGGUGAUUUAAUGACUAAAAGUAUAAGUACCUUAACAUGAUUGUAGGCGUCUAGUCAUUUGCUGUUGAAUUACAUGUACUUUGAAGGAAUUCGUUUUAAGUUCAAUGGAUAAGCGUGAGGAAAUCAAGCACUGAACAUUUUCCAUCUUUCCGUGUAUUCAAAGAUUUGAUAUUUUUCUAUUUCUUUUUUAAUUUUCAAAGUUUACCUACAAUGUAUGAUAUGUUCCUAUUAUGCAAUGAGAGGAAAACAAAAUACAGAUCAGAUAAUCCGACAAGUCCUUGUUUCAGAGAUCAGGAAAAGGUUUCGCAAUCUGCACACUAUAAAUGGUCAGUAUAAUGAAAGUGCCAAGAUAGAUUGGUAAAGGUUAAUAAGACACAGGGACUGAUAGUGCUGAGAUAGUAAUAAGACACAGGGACUGAUAGUGCUGAGAUAGAAUUAGGACACAGGAACUGAUAGUGCUGAGAUAGAAA